UUUGACAGCGUUUAGGGUGUAGACGGGACGGAAUCAAGUGUUGGGGACACGAUGAAUUCCUCACCCGAUACACCAAUUCUUAUAAAUUCUGACGAAGAUGAAGAUGAUAGUGAUGUGGAAUUCAUUCACGAAGAAAAAAAUGAAGACUUGGAUGUGAUAUUUGUAUCACAAUCAACUACAACACUGGUCACUCCAAAAUGUGAUGAACAACAUACAGGAUGUGGUCAUGUAGUACCAUCUGUAUCAAAUCGCAGCAUGAGCAUAUCCAGCUCGCUGGGUAUGACUUUGACUAUAGAGGAUCGUGACCUCAACUCUCCCCUCGACCUGUCAUCUAAAAAAGGACCAAGUGAUUUCAGUGACAUCAGUGAGGCAAGUGAUGAUUCUGAUGAUGAUGAUGAUAGCAGUGCGAUUGAUGACCUAGAUGAGGAUGGCGAUGUGAUACAAAGUCUGGUAUCAGGAAGCAGUAAGGGUGUAGACAGGGGAGACUUGGGCUGUAGGCUGAGUGGAGGUGGUACUGGGGACAGUCUUAUGCAGCCCCUACAGGAUAGCAGUCUCCCUAGCAAUGGUGUCUCCUCCAUGGAUGUCAUGGAUAGCUCUGAUGUUACCAUGGCAGUGGUCAGUUCAUCAGAUACCAGCCUGCCUACAGCCAGGCAAGGAUGUGUCUUAUCUGUGCCCUCUCCACAUGUAACAGACUUGGACAUAAAACCACAUAUACCUCAUUACAAAUCUGAAAAACUGGAACCUUUUAUACAUGUGGGAGCUAAAACCAAGGAUGGAAUAAUACCAAAGGUCGCUCCUGUGUUGGCACGGCCCAAGGAUCUCCAGUCCACAUCCAAAGGUGUUAGCAAGGACGAGGAAACAUCUGGGGAUAUAUGGGACACUCUUAAAAAGGACUUAGACUUUUUAAAUGACACACCUUCAUGUCCGUCAGCACAAAGUUCACUUUCCUACCCAGGAGGAAAUGGACCAGGAACACUGAGUAUCUCCAAGAUACUGGACCCUACUCAUCCACCCUCCAAGUGCAUGAAUACAUCCACACAAUCAUCUAACAAUUUUUCCAUCUCAUCCAUACUAAAUUCCUCUGCCUCGACAGACUCCAGUCUCCGUUUGACUCAAGGUCACAUAAAGGACAAGGUCAAUACCAGUCAUUUACAUGUUUCCACUACACCAAAGUCCGACACUUCACCAUCGACUAGUAUGUCAGUGGAUGACCUUACCUACAGUAACACUAUAAAUAAACAGUUACCCCCAAAGAAGCAGCAACGAUGUAUGAGGCAGUUCAGCUGUCCUUCACUUCGCAAAGGAGGGGCUACAUCAGCUGUUACCUCAUCAAAGUCACAGAAUUCAUGCUUUGGCUGGGAAAAAUGUUCUUACUGUCAGGUCUCUCUCAUGGGUCUCAAAUCGUCACGGUGCCUACAAGGUCACGUGACCUGUGGCAUGUGCCUGGAGGAAAAGGUCAAACUAGUGCUAACAGGAAAAACUAAGGAAUCUCUACGUUGUGUACAGAGCGGUUGUGACAGUUACUACCCAAUGAGUGAGCUGAAACAGUCACUUCCAAACAUAGUGGUGGAGAUACUGGAGGACAAACUUGACAAUGACUACAUUGAUUACAUUGCCAAUAUGAUCCUGAAGAAUGCAGGGGCCUCUUCUCCUCCUUCCUCUAAUCCAGCUCCUUCCACUUCAUCAUCUACGUCAUCCCUUUCCUCCUCAGCUUCUUGCUCCAGUUCAUCUGUUCCCUCAACUUCAGCUGCCCCCAUGGUGAUGAUGGAUGACUCUAUGGGUGCCUCGACCAGCCAGCCAUUGAGAACACCUGAUGUCAAAGACACCAAUGAAACUGUAAGACCAGAGUUAUCAACCGAGAAAAAAGAACCUAUGAUGGAGGACUGUCCACCCAACUGGACACCAAUGGACAAACGCUCGAGCUAUUUUAUGGUCCCCCUUGAACCGGAGUCACAGGAAUAUGUUGAUGUUGCCCUGAAGUUCCACAAUUCAAUGAAGUUCCCAGCAGCUGAUAUCACCAAAAUCUUCAGAGUUCAGAAUCCGAUUCUCUGGAAAUACUACACAGUGAAGAGAACAGAGAUGAUUAUCGAGAAUGAUGGGUUGGACGUCCAGGAGAACAGUCUGUUUCAUGGCACUACAAGUUCUGUUUUGGAUGCCAUCUGUAAAAAAGGAUUUGACUGGAGAGUAUGUGGAAAAAAUGCAACAGUUUAUGGCCAAGGUUCAUACUUUGCUGUGAAUGCCUCCUACUCUCACAUGUAUACAGAUAAUGGCAAUGAAAAUCGUCGUCGUGGACGUGUUGUUACCUUGUUGUCUGGGAUGCCUCGCCCAAUGCCGGCCCAUGUGCCAUUCUUGUCGACACCCCCCUCCUCAAAUGUUCUUUCAACACAGAUUGGGUUUAGUCCAGCUGCGAUACAGGUGUACCAUCCACCAAAUCCUAUUUCCUCCAUUUCUACUGGAGCCAGUAAUGUCCCUCUCUCCAAUGUUGCCACACCCACUAAUUCUUCCAGCUCCUCUCACAUGGUAGCUCAGGGUCUAGUGGCGCCUCCUCCAGUGGACAAAGGAUCCAACAAUUCCAGUCAGGUACCGCAGCAACAAGCAGCUGCAUCAUCUGGCCAGCAGGCUCCUGGACCAAUCAGAAACCGACACAUCACUCACCAGCUCACCUCCAUAAGGAGACAACUUAAUGUGCUGCGUUCCAGUGUACAGCAACUGAGAAAUACAUCAAUACCCACCCAGAUUGGUCAGCCUGCACUGGGCAAUCCAGCAGACAUUCAGGCAUCAAAUAAAACUGUACAUAGAAUGUUUCUGGCUAAGGUGCUAGUGGGGAAAUAUACUGGUGGUCACAGUGGGCUGAGAAAACCUCCGCCAUUAUACCCAUGUACAGAUCCCUAUGGCAAGUGCUACGACUCUUGUGUUGACAACAUACACAACCCAAAAAUAUUUGUCAUAUUUGACACAGCCCAAGCCUACCCAUCUUACGUGCUGGAAUAUCAUUGUGAAGAUGGUCAGUGAGAAUCGUGGUAGUGUACCGGAGAGAGUGUAGUUAGUGUCAGAUUCACAUCUGUAGUGCUUUAAGGUUGUCCGCCAUGUUGAUACCAUUACCAUGGAAAUAUAUACAAACAGGAUGAAGACAUAUGACUGUUUAGGUUAAGAGAAGUAGUAUUAAAUGAGUUCUUAUAUCUUUGUAGUGGCUGUGAUUGUAUAUCAAGCAUUAAUUUAGUCAAAUUCACUUGUUAUAUUGAGAACAACCAUGGACACAUUUGCUACCUCUCGUUUGCUUGUUAAAAGUCUUAAGACACCAGUGCUGACUGUCAUGUCACUAAAUUAAUCAGUUUAACAGUCAUUCCUUACUUGUCACUGACUCGUAUUUAUAGUAUCGAUUGUAUACAUAUGUAUAGCAUAUGAGAGAGUUUGGCUAGUGUAACUGAUCGAACAUCAAGUAUCGACUGACGUGUCAUUGAAGUAUACAGGCUAGGUUAACUGAUAGUACAUCGAGUAUUGACUGACAUGUCACUGAAGUAUACAGGCUAGGUUAACUGAUAGUACAUCAAGUAUGGACUGACAUGUCACUGAAGUAUACAGGCUAGGUUAACUGAUAGUACAUCAAGUAUGGACUGACAUGUCACUGAAGUAUACAGGCUAGGUUAACUGAUAGUACAUCAAGUAUUGACUGACAUGUCACUGUAGUUUUCAGGCAGGGUUAACAGAUUGUACAUCAUGUGUCUACUAUGGUUUUUUGUUCUCUUUAUAAGGGAAGUCAAAACUUUUUCUUUAUGUAUGAGCAUCUGUACUUUAAAUAAGUAAUAUUCAAAAUAUUUUGUUGAAUUUUUCUUGCCCAUUUCAACAUUUUUUUUCUUAUGUAGGUGAUAUGAUUGUGAUGAUACCUAUAGAGAGUUCCCAGUAUAAAGUAUUACAGAAAUUGAUAUAUGUGCUCCUGAUCUAUAAAAUAUCUGAGACAAAGUAUUGGAAAACAAGACAUUGCAAUUGUUACAUUUAUGUGAUAAAUGUACAGAAGUAAUUUACAACUUGAUUAUGUUAUUUUAAUUUAUAGUAUUAACAAUUUGAGGUUCAGAAAAACAAUUGAACUGAAAUUUUUAG